AUGAACGAAAGUAAAAAGAAGAAAGCGAUUGUAAUUCGCUGGUUUGCAGCUCGAUUGAUUUGUUUAACACAUUUAAUUAUAUCAAUAUUUCUUCUUGUAUCAACUAAAUUUGCACAUUAUCUUUUUUUUAUUCCAAUUAUUGGUAUUGGUCUUGUUCUUUUGGAAAUACUCAUAUUUAGUUUAUUAAAAUUUCGUUUUCAAUAUUCAUUUUUUUUACUAUUAACCUAUUCAAUUUUUAUUAUUUCAUCAAUUUGGAUACUUGAAUUAUAUAAAAUAAAUAAUUUAACUGCUCACAAAGAUCAUCAGACAAAUGUAGAAAUUUCUUCUAUUACUUCUUAUGAAUCUGAUCCAUCUGAAGAUAAUUUUUAUUUAUCUAAUAAAUCAUUAUGGUCAGAAAUUCAAACUCAAGCAUAUAUUUUUAUUAUUGUUAUAUUAAAAGGUUUAUGUGAAACAAAAGAUCAUCGAUUAGAUAUCGUUAUUAGAACUUGGACAACUGCACUUGAUAUUCUUGAUUUUAUUGAUCUUCUUAAUCAUCCAAAAUUAUAUUCGGAUUAUCGUUUUGUAUAUAUUACUUUAACUAUAUGGUCAAUUAGUUGUUUUCAAUUUAUUAUUCAAAUAUCAACAAUAAAAAAAUUUCUCAUAAAUAAAAAUUAUCAUCGUUUAGCAACAAUAAUUACAUAUUCGUUAUUAAGUAUGAUAAUUACUGAUAUUCCAUAUUUAAUUAUUCGUUUGUAUGCAAUCUUUGGUGUUCGAAAACAUGAUUAUACAAGUUAUUUUCUUGUUUUUAAAAAUAUUGUUGUGAUUACAUUACAAACAGCAGAUGUAUGGAUGGCAUUUAAUAAAACUACAAAGAAAAUAAUUUCAACGUCUGUUUAA